AUGAGCAUGGGUACAAAUGUUCUACCCCACAUUUUUCUCUGCAUGCAUUGGUCCCAGGGCCAAAACAAGACCUUUGAAUGUGCAAUGCAAAGAUGGUCUGUGUUGAACUCUGCAGGUUGUGUUCCCAUUGGUGCAUGGAUGACUGAUUUAUUCUCAACUGUGGUCGCGGGGAAGAUGCAUUCUGAAAGAAUUGAUGGCAUGCCAAUCAACUCACCAACAAGUCUGUCAUUUCAGGGUGGGCGUUUGGCUGUAUUGGCCACACGUUUCCCAUAUAUCAACAUGGUAGAGGUGCAUGGCAAAGUCUGCACUGCAGUUGCCAUAUCUAAGACACACAUCCUGACAAAGGCAAGCUGCAUAGGAGCUGCGGCUGGCACGAAUUUUGAUCCUGGUGCUUGGAAGGGAGGUCCUGGCAGCAGUUGGACUCCAGCCCAGCAGGUGCACAUCCAUCCCAACUGGACGGGAGCCACCUACGAUGAACAUGACGCUGCGAUCUUGACUCUGGGGGAGCCAGUUCGCGGCCAGCAAGUGGUCCUCGCUGACCCCACGUUUUGCCUUACCCAGCACUUGUCCGCUCACACAGUGUGGCCCUGGGGUGCUGAAGGCUUCCUGGUCAGUCCCCAAACUGCAGGUGCUGACCCACGGCGCUGCAGCACCCAUGGGUGUGUAGAUGCUACGUCUGGGGAUCAGUCAGCUGGGACAGGUGAACUUCCAGGUGGCAUAUUGGUGCUGAUGGAAGCUCUUUCGGCCAGCACUGCAGCCCACGGCUGUGGUCACACAUCGCAUGCCAACAUCGAGUUAGGAAAUCCAGACUUGGACUUGCUUGUGGGCAUCUACGCUCUCCCUGACAUCGCCUCGGACAGUGAAACUGCUGAAGAGAUAACCUGGAUCCCCACAAUACGACCCUGGAUCGAAGAUGUAAUUCAUAGUGGGCAGCCGCCUUGCUUGGAAGGGGGGCAUCUAGACCCUCCCAGCCCUUGCUCUAAUGGGUGA